AAAUGUUUGAGGCGAAUUAUGUUUUACAUACCGCAUAUUACACACCUUUCAUACAAUACACUCGCGUGGAUUGUUUUCAGUAAUAUUCCAAGUGAAUACCAAAUAAAACGACAGUCGAAAAACCAACAAUUUUUGGUGUGUUUUGAUAUUCAAAUUUUGCUCUAAUUUCAACGGAUAUAAGUACAACGUAACCUGUCUACACUAUUUAGAGUUCAUUCAAAAUCAUCUCGAGAAUAGAGUACACACGCAUAAGGGCGCUUUUAAUUACGAAGCAGUAUCAAUUACGAUGUGUUCUUUUUCAUUCGCUUUAUUGAUCGGUAAACUUGUUUAAUUUGUUUUAUUUGAUUGAUUAAACGGUGCUAAUUAUUGUCAAUUACAGCUGUAUCGCCAACAUUCGCUUUUUGGUCGAUAUCGAAUCAAAUGAAUCAAGGAAAUUCUUAUGAUUCUAAAAUUAUAUUCUACACAGGACCAACUGUAGCCGAUUAUGUGUCUUACGAUUUAGCAAUUGCUCAAAAUGUUGCAGACCAUUCCCAGUUUAAUGUUACGCGCACAAAUAUGAUUUACAUUCAUGGUUGGAGACAGUCACCUGAGUCAAAGACAACUCAAGUUUUGCUGAAUGCUUACCUAACCAAUGGCACCUUCAACAUUUUCGCGUUGGAUUGGCGUGAAACAGCAGCGAACGAUAGAUAUGAUGUAGUAGUUCAGAGUGUAGAACCGUUAGCCCGCGCCGUUGCACUUUUUAUUGAUCGAUGGAACUUGCAAAAAGGAAUUCCGUUCUCAAAAAUACAUCUUGUUGGACACUCUCUGGGUGCACUUAUGGCUGGAAGCGUAGGGAAGUAUACGAUAGGAUGGUCUGGCCAAACAAAGAUCAUAGAUAGAAUAACUGGGUUGGAUCCUGCAAUUAUUGGAAAUGACUUUUUGCAGUGGCGCUACGCCAGAUUUGUUGAUAUUAUUCACACAGACGUAAACGGAUUUGGCACGAAAAGGAACACUGGACAUGUGGAUUUCUGGCCUAACAACGGUGUUGCAGUUCAACCGGGAUGCCCACCAAUAAUGGCUAACCGAGGAUGCAGCCACAAUAGAGCCGUUUUGCUUUACGCCGAAAGUGUACAGCGAGCAAAUCGUACGGGCAAUUUCUUAUCAACGAAUGACGCUAACGCAAGCAUCGUUAUUGAAAUGGGUCUAAAUUGUCCCACCACAAAUGAGCAUAUCCAUGGGGUGUAUUCGUUAAACACUAACGGAGCCAGCUGGUAUUCCCAAUCAUAAACUUCGUGACGAUCUCAAAAAAUUGUCUGAUUGAAGUGGCUGAAUUUAAAUUGUUAGCCAAUUUUAUAUA